UAAAAACAGAAGAAGACAACGCGGAAGUUUAACUGGGAGCUGGUUUGUUUUGCUUGUGAACAGUACAGUACAUCUAUGAAUAUCCAAUUCCCCGUCGACUGAAGAUGUCUAAACUACAGUUGUUGCGUGCAUUCUUAAAUGAACGUUUAACGGCUGUGGCUGUGGAGAUUUUUGGGGCCGUUGAGAAAACGGUAACAGAGUACCAAGAGGAGAACGAACGCCUACGGAGAAUGUUACGGAUAACACCGGACAUAAAACUGCCCAGAAUAGACUCCCUGCAGUUUUCUCUAGCUGUCUCAGAAGAGGAGGUUCCCCGUGACAAGCGACACUGUGAACAGGAAUUGAACCUAGAAACCAUACAUAUUAAAGAGGAACAGGAGGAACCCAGGAUCAGUCUGGAGGAAGAGCAGCUUCAAUGGUUGGAUGCAGAUAGUCUGGAGUUCAGAUUCCCUCUACCCUGUGUGAAAAGUGAAUAUAACCAGGACAGCCCAAUACAGUCAUUAGCUCUUCCCCAAACCCAGGAUUUGGAGAGCCGAGAGAUUGACUCUAAUGCAAUGGAUCUCACCCCUUUUGUCACUACUUCCCACCUAACGGCUCUGGACAUUCCCUGUGACAAUCCAGAUAAAACCAAUGCCUUCAGCAACAGCUCAGCUGUAUACAACGACCCGGUAGGACUUGAAGGCUGCUCACUGCUGCGUCCCAGCUUACCAGUGGAAAAUAGAAAGCCUCACCUCCGCUGUGAACUGUUGACGCUGACAGCCGACAACAAGGUGCAUCUCACCAACAACAGGCCCAGUGAAUGUCAGUACUGCAUGAAACGCUUCAACUCCACCUGUAAGCUGAAGGCCCAUUUCCAACUCUGCCACAUGAAGGAACCCUACACCUGCCAGUUUUGUUCCAAGACCUUCCAACUCAAAGGACAUCUUUCCAGGCACAUGAGGAUUCACACAGGUGGGAAAGCAUUUAGCUGUGGCGACUGUGGAAAGAGCUUCAGUUUUAAGGACACACUGGACUUGCAUAUGCUGAGCCACACUGGAGAGAAACCCUUUAGUUGUACUUUUUGCAAUAAAAGAUUCAGUCAGAAAGCAAACCUAUCUAAACAUGUGCGAACUCACACAGGAGAGAAACUUUUUGUCUGUGUCGAUUGUGGGAAAAACUUCCUUCAUAAGAGGGACCUGUGGAGGCAUAUGCUGACACACACUGGAGAGAAACCAUUUAGCUGCGGUGAAUGUGGAAAAACCUUCAACCGGAAGGACAACCUGAACCUGCACAUGCUGACACACACCGGGGAGAACGUCCACAAAGAAAUAAACAAAUAAUUAUUAAUGAUGAUAAUAAUAAUAAAAUUAAACAACUGGAUUUAGCAAAAUGAAAAUAAAUACAAAAAUACAUUUUCUGAGACAUCUGGUCAGGAGACUAAAAAAUAAAUACACCUAGGAAAACAAAGCAACAGAGGUCAUAUAUGGGUUCCAGAUGAAUUGCUAAGCUGUAAUAUAUCCACUGUAUGAUGAAUUUAUUGUUGUAAAAUGCUUGUAAAUAAAGUUUGAUUUUACUUGAAUUAUGUAAUUAUCAAGGCAGUACAGAGUAAGUAUAUUAAACCGCUUUUCUUUCCAAAGUCUGUUUUAAAUUAAAACAGUGAUUCUGGACCCUGCAUUGCUUCUAUGCCAAAGUCAUACAUUUUGUUGAAAAAGACAACAAUAUAUUUAUCAAAUAGCUACUCAGCUAACCACAUCGCUCUGUUUUUGCACCACCCAUGUAUAACACUUUU